GCCCGGCCGAGCAGGCGGCGCCGGCGGGCGACUGGCGCGAUGGGGGCGGCGGAGCCGCUGCGCUCGGUGCUGUGGGUGAAGCGGCAGCGCUGCGCCGUGAGCCUGGACCCCGCGCGGGCGCUGCUGCGCUGGUGGCGGAGCCCGGGGCCCGGAGCCGGCGCCCCCGGCGCGGAUGCCUGCUCUGUGCCCGUCUCUGAGAUCAUCACCGUCGAAGAAACGGACAUCCACGGCAGACACUACGGCCGCGGAAAAUGGCAGAAGAUGGAGAAGCCCUUCGCUUUCACAGUGCACUGCGUGAAGAGGGCCCGACGUCACCGCUGGAGGUGGGCGCAGGUGACCUUCUGCUGUGCUGAGGAGCCGCUGUGUCACCUGUGGCUGCAGACGCUGCGGGAGCUGCUGGAGAAGCUGACAUCCAGACCAAAGCAUUUACUGGUGUUUAUUAAUCCGUUUGGAGGGAAAGGACAAGGCAAGCGGAUAUACGAAAGGAAAGUGGCCCCACUGUUUACCUUAGCGUCCAUCACCACCGAAAUAAUCGUCACCGAACGUGCUAAUCAGGCCAAGGAGAGCUUAUACGAGAUCAACAUAGAUAAAUACGACGGGAUCGUCUGCGUUGGUGGAGACGGCAUGUUCAGCGAGGUCUUGCACGGCCUGAUUGGCAGGACGCAGAGGAACGCCGGCGUGGACCAGAACCAGCCCCGGGCAGCCCUGGUGCCCAGCCCACUCCGGAUCGGCAUCAUCCCCGCGGGGUCCACAGAUUGUGUGUGUUUUUCCACGGUCGGCACGAAUGACGCGGAGACAUCAGCUUUGCACAUCAUCGUGGGGGACUCACUGCCCUUGGACGUGUCCUCGGUUCACCACAACAGCACGCUGCUGCGCUACUCCGUGUCCCUGCUGGGCUAUGGCUUCUACGGGGACGUCAUCAAGGACAGUGAGAAGAAGCGGUGGAUGGGGCUCAUCAGAUACGACUUCUCAGGUUUGAAGACCUUCCUGUCACAUCACUGCUACGAAGGGACAGUGUCUUUCCUGCCAGCGCGGCACACAGUGGGGUCUCCCAGGGACAGGAAACCCUGCCGUGCCGGAUGCUUCGUGUGCAGGCAGAGCAAACAGCAGCUGGAGGAGGAGCAGAAGAGGUCGUUGUACGGUCUGGAGAACACCGAGGAGGUGGAAGAGUGGAAGGUCAUCUGCGGGAAGUUCCUGGCCAUCAACGCCACCAACAUGUCCUGUGCUUGUCCCCGGAGUCCCCAGGGCCUGUCCCCGGCCGCCCACCUGGGGGACGGGUCUUCCGACCUCAUCCUCAUCCGGAAGUGCUCCCGGUUCAACUUCCUGAGGUUUCUCGUCAGGCACACGAACCAGUACGACCAGUUUGACUUCGCUUUUGUCGAAGUUUAUCGCGUCAGGAAAUUCCAGUUUGUAUCGAAGCACGUGGAGGACGAGGACAGCGACCUCAAGGAGAGGGGGAAGACGCGCUUCGGGCAGAUCUGCAGCGACCACCCCCCGUGCUGCUGCUCUGUGUCCAACAGCUCGUGGAACUGUGACGGGGAGGUCCUGAGCAGCUCCGCCAUCGAGGUCCGGGUCCACUGCCAGCUGGUUCGUCUCUUUGCACGAGGAAUCGAGGAGAACCCUAAGGAAGAGUCACAGAGCUGAGACGCUGUCACGCAUCACCUGCCUUGCCGUGAUUGGGAACCGUGACCGUUAUUUAAGAAAAUUACUGCAGACCGAUUACGUUGAUAUACACAUUUAAAUUUAGAAAUUUAUUUUUGAUAGUUGAAUCUUGAUUUUAGAAAAAUACCUUCGUCAACAAUAUUGUGAACAUACCUGGCAUUUUCGGUUCUACGUGACUCUUUGGGCUGCGUUUCACGUAACUUCUUCUCAGCCAAUGGCACUUACCAGUUUGGGGGCGCUGGCUUCUUAGGUUUUAACAACGCCGACGGUGCAGAUUUUCAAAGGGCCCAUCGGUGGCUCUGCCCAAUACGUUUAGGGACCGCGAAUGUGCGGUCACACCAUCCGGACGGGGGUCUCCCCGCUCGCUGAUCCACAUCGCACGACUUACUCUGUAGUUAUUUGUGGUCAGGUUUCGGAAAGUAGUCGGUCGCCUUCAUUUUGCCUUCAUCUGAGCUUCUGCUUAGGAAACUUCCGGACUCUCUCUGUCCCGGGCAACUACAAUGCAACGUAGCCCUGCUUCGGGGACACCUCGGGAGUGCAGCACUGUUGUGGGGACACAGACAGGAGUGGCACUUUAUCUUGAAAACCCAGGUCCUUGCUUUCAUCACAGUCGUGUUUCUGGGACAAUCCGGCUGGUCAGCAGGAACAAUCACGGGCCCUGGAGACGGCAUCGGUUUUACGGCUAGGUGCCGACGCUUUAUGGCCACACUGGGCGGUGGGGGGGGGGGGGGGGGGGGUGGCGUGGAGAGAAGCUGGCACGCAGUAGGAAAAAAUUCACUCUGUGAAUGCUGUGUUCACUUGACAUCCGGGCACCCUGCCCCGGUUGGCGGUGGGGCUCCCGAGUCCCCGGGGGCUACUUUGGUGCAGGCCCCGGGUCUAUACAUGUGGUCCCGACUGGAGCUUUUCUUCACGUUCAGUUCUACAUAUUUAUUGAAACUGUUGUCCUUUUCAGCCAGAAUAGUGUAAAUGGUGUCUUCAGGGUUAGGAUUUUAGAUAGUUUUCCGCUGAAGUGCUGGAGCUGCAUCGGCCAGGGGUUCCCUGCAGCGGCCGGGGGUUCCUUACAGGCAGCCAGGGUUCCCUGCAGCGGCCAGGGGUUCCCUACAGGCAGCCAGGGGUUCUCUGCAGUGGCCAGGGGGUUCCCUGCAGCGGCCAGGGGUUCCCUACAGGCAGCCGGGGGUUCCCUACAGGCGUCCGGGGGUUCCCUACAUGCGGCCAGGGGUUCCCUGCAGCGGCCAGGGUUCCCUGCAGCGGCCAGGGUUCCCUGCAGUGGCUAGGGGUUCCCUACAGGAGGCCAGGGGUUCCCUGCAGCGGCCGGGGGUUCCUUACAGGCAGCCAGGGUUCCCUGCAGUGACCGGGGGUUCCCUGCAGCGGCCAGGGGUUCCUUACAGGCAGCCAGGGUUCCCUGCAGCGGCCGGGGGUUCCCUACAGGCAGCCGGGUGUUCCCUACAGCGGCAGGGGUUCCCUACAGGCAGCCAGGGGUUCCCUGCAGUGACCGGGGUUCCUCACAGGCAGCCAGGGGUUCCCUGCAGUGGCCGGGGGUUCCCUACAGGCGGCCAGGGUUCCCUGCAAAGGCCGGGGGUUCCCUACAGGUGGCUGGCGCUUCCCUGCAGGCAUGGCCACCGGCCCUGGGGUGGCCCUCGUGCAUGCUUGUGGCCCCAUUUCCUUUGUAUUCAUGCUUGGCUAUAUGGGAGAUGCAUCGAAAAUAGCUUUAUUUGAAAUACAAGAUGAGGCUUGAACUCUGGUUUGCAAAGAGAGAGGAAGCCUGUUAAAAGAGGCGGUUCACAAGCCGUCAUGUGCUUUAUGAGUGCCCUUGACCUCACAUAGGCACAAGUAGUCAUUUUAGCAUUAACAGACAUCAUAUAUUUUUAGAAUUUACUUGCAGCAUUUAUAUUUUGAAGUAUACAUGAAAUUUCCUAUUUUAUCAUUCAAUCCCAGGUCAGACAAAAAGGGUAGCUUUAACUGGCUUUUUUAUUUUAAUAAGAUCACAUUAUCAAGCGAUUGUGCGAAUCCGAAGUUUUAAUGAUUAGCGGGUGGGUGAAAAGUCUGGGUAUGAAAACUAAUUCUCAGUGCCUGCUGCUGGUUGGAAGAAACCAGACCCAGGACUGGCAGGUCUGAGCAGGGGCGCGAGGGCCUCCCCAGCGGGGCUCCCGGCCGCCCACAGCCGCUCUGUGGAUUGUGUUACUUGAGGUUUCCUAAAACAGUACUGGUCUGAAGUCCACUGCCGGUUUUAGAAAAACAGUCCAGGCCGGAGUCCGCAGUUCACGUUCACCGAGAAAGCGAGCCACACGGUUCCCGGAGGGGCUGACCUUGUGCCGACAUCACAGGCCUUGGGACGGUUCUUAGGGUGCGUGUGGUUGUGUGAACACCCCCCAGCACUCCUUGAUAAUCUCUACACGGGAUGGAAGUACUUUCCAGACAUUCCCAUGUGGGCAGGGGGUUCUGAUCUCACGAAGGCCCCAGAUGGAGCCCCAACAUGUGCACGUCAGAACUGACAGCUGGUUAGUGAGGACUUAGGAUCAUCUAGGAUUAGUCUAGGCUUUAACUUCCUGUGUGACUCAUUGGUGCAAAAAACCGUGGCGGUAGUUAUGCCUGACCCGUUUCCUGCUUGUUCUGACUACCAAGGAGGAACCUCGGAAGCUGCACCUGCUCGGCGGGCAGGCUCGACUUUGUUCCUUGUACAAUCUCGUGUAACGGGGCAGGACCGAUGGAAGAGGUGGCUUCAUUUUCUUUUAAUCUUGCGGGUUUCGAGAUUAGAAAACGGCAUAUUUGCUCUGACACGUUUGAGAAGACAGAAAUAAAGUUACGUUGGGCAGAAUUUUUUUUUCUUUUAUAAAUUCCUGUUAUUUUCAAAGCGGAGCAUGUUUUGUGAAAACACCUAUGUACAAUUUAAAGAAAGAGCAAGAAUAAAAUGAACGACGGCGUUACCUACCGGCCA